GACUCCAGAUCUCCCCCCGCGACUAUGCCCUCGUCGGACGAUAUCCCUUCUUCACCCCCCAACGGCUCGACUUCGCUGGAGGACUCGUUGAGAUACUACAAAACCCAAUACGAAACCCUCGAGGCGGAACUUGCCGAAUUCCAAACCUCUAGCAAAGAACUCGAAGCCGAACUUGAAAAGGAUAUCGAAGCUUCGGAAAGGCGCGAACGCCAAUUAAAGGACAAAGUUGGCAACUUGCAGUAUGAGGUGGAGGAAUGGAAAACCAAGUACAAGCAAUCCAAACAUGAAGCCUCAAACGUGCAAAACUCGUUGCAGAAGGAAAUCACCCAGUUGCGCGACGACAAUAGAUCCUUACAUAUGCGUCUGCGUGACAUUGAGGUGGCCAAUGAUGAUUUUGAGAAGAAACAACGCAACACCGAGUCAUCCUUGGAGGAUAUGGAGUCAAAGUACAACCAGGCCAUUGAAAGAGGUGUCAUGCUCGAGGAGGAAGUCCGCACUGGCGAACAGGAACGCGAAGCCUUACGGAUAGAGGCACAGCGUCUGAGAGACGAGCUAUCAGAUCUCAGGGUCGAGACUGACAUCACCAAAGAGAAGUUACGAAAAGAGCUCGAAGCCAACGCCAUCAGGAAAAAGCCUUUGACUCUUCGACCUGUGGGUAUGACUGGCUCCCCACGAUCCGAACUGUCUCCGACCACCACCAACGCCUCCUCUCCCACUUUCGACACCCCUCCUACCAAGACCGCCUCCUCGUCCGGCAUCUCAGACAUCCCUACACCCCCAUCGCCUCCAGUUUCAGACAACUCUAUCAACACAAGGAUCCCUUCGACAUCGGGUCUGCCAAAGCCCCGACUCUCACUCAACGCGGCCAGUUCGAACCCUCGACCUGCGACAUCAGCCUCCAAUUCCUCGUCCAGACCCAGUGGCCACACUCGUGGCAACUCGGUCGCCAUGUCACAGACCAGACCUUCAUCAAAUAUGCGACAGAGUAUCUCGAGACCUUCUGGGGCGCUUACAUCGCGAUCCGGUCUGCCACAGUCUAAUUCGAUCAUGCAUCUGAGAAACCUACGAGGAAAAAUGCAGCAAUUGGAAGCGCGGGUCCAAAAUGCCAAAGCAAAACUUCCCGAGUCGCGGCUGCCAGCUCCCACUAGCACUCCCCCCAGAAUGUCACCCAGAAGUGGCUCAGCACUGGGCACUCAUAUCCCCUCGUCGGUGACAGUUCGAAGUCGAAAACGCACCAAUGGAAGUACCAUCAGCGGGUUGGAGUCGUUGCCAGACAAGCGGGUCGAUACACCAUCAGUGCCGACGUCGCGAACAAGUCGUAUGUCGGUGAGUCAUCAGGCACCGGGCUCGCCGACCAGAGGGGAGAUGGCGGCACCGUCCUUUCGACCAUCCAGUCGAACCAGUGGCUUCUCUGGGCGAGCUUCGUUUGUGCCCAACCACAGCAGGCCGGGAAGCCGGGCGAGUGUGACAGGAUUCCGGGCGCCGCUUGGAAGCGGAGUAGGGUCCAAUUUUGCGCCAAAUGCAUCGACAGAUAAAGUUCGACCAAAGAGCAGCCUGAGUAGCUAUGGGUACGAUGGCACCCUAGAUUCCGAGGCAAGUGAUACUUCUGCAUUUUCGGAUCUGAAGGACGCCGUCACGCCGACGCCUCGGCGAACGACCUUCGCCAAACGAACGAGCGACGUGGGGUCUGGGAUCCCAAGUCCAACCAAACGGACGAGUAUGAGUGGAGCACUGGGCAAAACCCCAGGAUUAGGGCGACGACAAAGCUCGGGGCUUACUCGGAUCGAGGGGGGAGCAGCGGGCGACAUGAGACCUCCUUCACGACAGUUGAACAACGUGAAUGAGGGCUACGACGUUAAUGAAACAUUUUGAAAGGCAGAAUGACGAUGACUUGCAAUGGACCGAUUAGCGAAGGGGUUCUUAUGGUGUGCUUGUCACGAUACUCUGGUUGAUACUCUAGUUGACGGUGAUGUCAUGAUGAUCACCUGCAUGACCGUGGAGUCUUGAGGUUCUGCUUAGAUGGAUGUUGAAGAGAUGGGGUGGGCACAGGAACCAAGCAGAUUCGAAACAUAGGAUGAAUAUCACUUGUUAUUGCCGGUGUGUGUUGUUGGAAUCUCGACUCUCCAAGGACGUUUGCUCUAUCUCUCAACACUGGAACGCAACACCA